CCAUACAUAGGCUUGAGCACACAACUCCAGCCCCAUCUUCUAAUCACUCUCUCUCCCCGAAGCUAUCCUCAUCUCCUAGUUAGUAGUCGAAUCAAAACCCUAGUAUUAAAAUCAUGGUCGGACCCUCGCCUGACCUCACCAAGGUCACCACCAUCAAAUUCCUCUGCAGCUACGGCGGCAAAAUCCUCCCCCGUUACCCCGACGGCAAGCUCCGUUACCUUGGCGGCGAAACCCGUGUACUCGCCGUUCCCCGCUCUAUUUCCUUUUCCGAGCUGUCGUCCAAGCUGACUGAGUUGUGUGGGCCAUCCGUGACGGCGGUUAGUCUCCGCUGUCAACUACCCACCGAAGAUCUCGACGCCCUCGUGUCCAUCAAGUCCGAUGAGGAUCUCGUUAAUCUCAUCGAGGAAUACGAUAGAGCAGCCUCUUCCGCUAAUAUGAAGAUCAGAGCAUUCCUCUCACUCAUCCCCACCGCCAGGACACCCAAAAGCAUUUCAUCCCCUUCAACUUCGUCGGCCUCCGCCGCCUCAACGACGUCGUCCUCUGGCAACUCCUCGUCGUCAAAUAACUACUUCAGUGCUGCUUCCGGGUCCACCCCAAGAUUUCCCAUGCCGUCCUCCACUCCCGUUGACCGUUGCCUCCGUCAAAUGCCGCCCCAGCCAUCCCCGUCAACGGUGCCGUUUCAGAGACCCCCCUCCAAGGUUCCUCACUGUGCUAAUAUUUACCAUGCUCGCCAAGGCCACGGAAGCAACAAACCUGCAAGUACUACCGGUAGUCGUCCCUACCUCGUUCACAACGGCAAUCACUGGCAAUAGCAUCCUUUGCAUGGUCGGAGUUCUGGACUACAAAAUUACAAAUAUGCCACGGCCGAUUAAAACAAGUUAAAUUCUACAAAACCCUAAAAUUUAAAAACACAAAAAAAUAUCAGUUAUAUAAUAUAUCGGAUCAAUCAUGAUGUAAUUGGAAAUAUGGAGCUGUAAUCGUUCAUCAGAUGGACUGCUUUUGAAUAUCCGUGGCGAUUAAUGAACUUUAGUCCUAUUUCGUUUUUUCAGUGUGCACACAAAUACAUACAUGGUGAGUGCUCUUUUUCCUUUGCAAUCCUUCCCUUUUUCUCUCAUUUUCAUUUUCUUUUUCUUUUGUUAUAGUCUUUGUAUAGCCGUUGCUUCUGCACUAGAGUUCUUUCCAUGGCUGUUUUCCAUUAGCGUCCCGUUAAACGCCGUUGGGUGUUGUGCAUUGCAUUGUCGUUAAGUGCGUAACCUCUGUUAGGUUUCUGUCAGAUUCCUUGUACUUCCGUGACACGUAGCGUUUGGUGUGUGAUUAGAGUGUCCACCGUGUUUGUUAUGUGUCGCUCUAAGCUUUUACGUGGGAUAAACAAACCCCAUCCCCAUCUGACAUUCUGACUCGUGUCUCUUCGUUCGUCGUAAAUUCCACUUCCUUUUUUUCUCUUUUGCAGAAGUAGUUAAUCAAGUUUGUAAGUGUAUAUGUAAAUCUUUUUAUCAAUAUUUUUAACAUCGUGGACGUACUGCAGGUUUAUGAAACAAACAGGAUGAUGAUCUGGAAAACAGCAGAGCGAGUGCGAUCGAGAUCAAUUUCUGAGGGAUAUAGAACUGAUAAGCUUGCAGCAUAUUCGAUCGAUGGCUUGCUGCGAUUGAAUGUGGAUGGGAUGGGAAGGCGGUUGAAGUACAGGAGAAUUUAAGAGAUGAGGUGGACCAUGCAUGGUGAUUUCACAUCAAAUCAAAUAAACAUAUGAUUCCAAAUAUGCAAUAGCGAUAUAGUUUGGAAGCAUCGAGGGACCAUUCAUUAUAUACAUUGGUGAGGUUUUUGCCGAGUAUGCAAGAGAGAUUGGACAUUGAUGAAUACGAUUUUGGGAUUGAUAUCCCGAGGGCUUGGGCUAGAGGAGGACUGCUCACAAAAGAAGCUGGGUGAGAAUCCUACUCUCAAAGCACAAGGAAACUACCAUCCACCAUGUCGCUCACACUUGGACUAGCUGUCCAUACUGCUCUCUCAAUACACUCACAGUACUUAGGCAAACAGAGGGAGUGACUGGCCUUCAAGUAAUCAAAGAUGGGAAAUGGGUUGCUGUUGAUUCUCUCCCCAAUGCCUUUGUUAUCAAUCUAGGUGACCAAAUUCAGGUUUUGAGUAAUGGAAGGUAUAACAAUGCACCAUAAGGCAGUGAGUCUAGUGACCAACAAAACUCAGCCGCGUCUGUCAAUGGCAAUGUUUUAUGGACCCAACAGGGACACUGUGAAUGGUCCAAUGGAGGGUUUGAUUGAUGAGGAGCACCCUGCAUUGCAUCGGAGCUACGAGUAUGCAGAGUUUUUUGAAGAGUUCUACAGGCAAGAAGGAACAAGAAGGUUUUCAAUUUUUAAUGGGGAAAAUGAUUAAAAGAUCUCAAAUUUAGUUAAUUUUAAAAUAUAUGAUUUUUAGACAAUUUAGAUUAGUGUGCAACACUGUGGAAUAAGAACAAAAAAAAAAAUUAAGUGAGAAGAUUGUUAACAAUACAUUUGUUAACGCUCAAAAUUAAGAGGUCAACAAAGAUCAGUAUGGUUAACUCUUGAUGAGCUCGAGAUAAAGACUUUAAGUAGUUGUCAACAAGGUUUAAGUGGUUCACCCCAAACUGGCUACGUCCAUUGUAGUGCUCUCUGUAUAUAUUGAUAUAGGUUACAAGUGUUU